UCACGAUUCCUUAGACCGCCAAUAAUGGGUCUAUUAAGCGGCUUGAUAUCCGCCGCUCGCACCACGCUCCGGCGAGGGCCGACGGGCGCAAAAGCCGCCGUGGACCGAUGGGCGGCGGACAGAAAAAUCCGAAUUGUUCAGCAAGCUGAUGUAUCGUACCCCGAGCUGCGUCUUCUUCCUGCCGCACUGGACGAUUGCGUGGAUGUUGAAAUUCAGGGACCCAACGGAGAGAUCGUGCUGAGCUUGAAGCUUCGGAUUGAGAUCUUGACGAAUGGCCGGAUCGAUGACGACGAUUCUUUGCACGGUGGUAUAGUUCGGAAGGCGUGGAUGGCGGUGAAGGAGUGGUCAGAGGAAAGGAUUGCCAUCGUGGGAAAGGCACUAGAUGAAAUACAAGGGGAAGAAAUACGAGUGGCAGGGAAAAUACCCAAAAAACACCGUUACCUAACAACAUUCAGAGAACAGGUUGCUAACUACGCAGAGUCAAGUACAGAGUUUCAGAUUCAAAGAUAUGCAUACAAUUCCGAGCUAUCACCCGAUGAGGUUUUGUUUCAAGACGCGAGGGAGAAAACGAUCUUGAGACGGAUGGAUUUCAGAAAACUCGUCAGCGACUUUGGAGUGCUAGAGAGUGCGACCGAUCUCUACAUCGACCACAUAAACAAGAGUUCCCUCAAAGCUAACAAUGGCUACUUCAAAAAGUUCGUUUUCCCGACCGACCUUGCUUUUUGGCUUGAAGAUGCUGCUGCUGAUGAGAUGGACGAUAAUGAGUGCUUGACUCUAGUAAAAGAGUGUCUGUCAACCAUCGACUACAUACCCAAGGGCGAGAUCGAUGCCAGCAAAUGUGACCUCUGGUGUGUUCCCUUAUUAAGUUGUCGGCAACAUGCCGUAGCAAUGGUCAUAAACAUCAAGGAUGCUUGCAUUGAAUAUCUGGACAGCGGCGGGCCCGACAAGGCCAGUAGCUUCGGUAUCAUUGAUGCCUUCUGCAACCUAAUCUUCAAGGUAGUGUCGGUGUACAUUGCCUCCACGAGACGGGAUGUAGACUUUGCAAAGUUCGAGUGGAGAUACCCUCGGGUUCCUUGCCAGCCCUUCGGAUCCAAACCGUGCGCGAUAUACAGGCUGCGGUUCCUGGAAGAGUGGGACGCCGGCGAUGGCGUGGAUCUAAGGAAGUUCGAAGGUUGGGAAGAGAGGUACUGGCAUGUUAAGGAGAGGGUAAAGAUAUGUGCGUCCAUUUUGACGGACGACUCCAAUGCUGUUCUCGAUGAGGUGAAAGAAAAGGCGCGAAGGAUGCAUGCAAUACGAAAAAGAAGACAAUUGAUGGGGAUAGUGUUAUGGAUAUUGUUACUAUGAUGAUUCAUAUACAAGAGAAAUUUGGCUAGAAGAUUAGAGGUUAAUGUUUACAUGCAAGAACAAAAAAAUAUUAAGUAGCGUAUACGAAAUACGUUACGUUUCUUUGUGAUUUGUGGAAUAUUAUCUAUAUACACGAUCGAUUAUGUUCUCCUAACUUGUUCUUGCAAGUGGACAACAAGGAGAUGGGUAAUACACUAAUAAAUAUACCUAUGUAAC